CCCGGUGUGCUGGAUGUCUGUGACGGAUCCAUGGGCCAGAAGGACCAUGUGGAGGCAGAAGCAGGCCACGUCCUCGACCUGGUGCUGGACUUGGAAUAUCUCCACGUAGCAGGGGCCGACCGACAGGCUGGCGGCGCUGACGGGCCCCCUGCUAUGGAGGAGCAGGGGGACACCUCCAGCAGCGGCGGCACCGUCGAUCCGCCUCCUCCGCCGGGUUCAGUGGACGAAAUAGCGGGUUCGGGUGUAGGGGUCGAGUCGGCGCCACCUUCCCUCGACCCAGAUGGAGGAGAAGCGGGGUUAACCCACAGUAAGAACACCCACCAGCCGCUCUGUCGCACCCAGUGUGUAGACUUGGGCACUGAGGGUCCUCCUGAGCCCCCGUCUGAGCCCCCGUCUGAGCCCUCAACAGAACAUGAACCUGACACACCAGUCCAGUCCUCCUCACCUGAGCCUCCAUCCAACCCCGCUGCAGCAGAGCCAGCUCCUGAAUCAGGCGGGAAGGAGUACCAGGCGAAGCUGGACUUUGCCCUGAAGCUGGGAUACUCUGAGGAAACGGUGCGGCUGGUUCUGUCCAAGCUCGGCCCAGACACCCUCAUCAACGACAUACUGGGAGAGCUGGUCAAACUGGGCACCAAGUCGGACGGCGAGCAGCAGGCCGCAUCGCUGGCCUCCACGUCGUCAUCGUCGUCCACCUCCUCCUCCUCCUGUGGAUGCUCCGACCUCCUGGAUAGCCAGAGGUCGGACUCGCCGUGCCUGUCAGAGUCCCUGUGUGACCAGGACAACCUGCGGCCAAUCGUGUUGGACGGCAGCAACGUCGCCAUGAGCCAUGGCAACAAGGAAGUGUUUUCCUGCCAGGGCAUCCAGCUUGCAGUCGAUUGGUUCCUUGAGCGCGGCCACCAUGACAUCACAGUGUUUGUGCCGGCGUGGAGGAAGGAGCAGUCUCGCCCCGACGCCCCGAUCACAGAUCAGGAGAUCCUGCGUCGCCUGGAGAAGGAGAAGAUCCUCGUCUUCACUCCUUCGCGGCGCGUCCAAGGUCGCCGCGUGGUCUGCUACGAUGACCGCUUCAUCGUCAAGCUGGCCUACGAGUCGGACGGAAUCAUCGUCUCCAACGACAACUACAGGGACCUCGCCAACGAGAAGCCCGAGUGGAAGAAGUUCAUCGACGAGCGGCUGCUCAUGUACUCUUUUGUCAAUGACAAAUUCAUGCCCCCAGAUGACCCUCUGGGUCGUCACGGCCCCAGCUUAGACAACUUCCUGAGGAAAAGGCCGAUCAUGCCUGAGCAGAAGAAACAGCCUUGCCCAUACGGAAAGAAGUGCACUUACGGCCACAAAUGUAAAUACUACCACCCUGAGAGAGGGGCUCAGCCUCAGCGUGCUGUGGCUGACGAGCUGCGUGCCAGUGCUAAGACCUGCGUCACCACAAAGCACCAGGCGGACCCUGGCCUCGUGAAGAGCCACAGCGUGCCGGCUGGCAGCAUUGAGGUGAAAAAGGGAGCCCCGAAAAGACAGUCAGACCCAAGCAUCCGCGCUCUGUCAUACGGUGAUGCCGAGGAGAAGCUGCUGGCUAAAAGUCGGCUGGAGAGCCAGAAGAGCGGUCUGUAUGGCAGCAGCGGCAGCAGUAGUUGCAGCGGGGGUUUAACCCCAGCUCCUCCAUCUGGUCUGAGCCUUCCCCAAGAGCAGCAGCCCCGAGCGCCCACUCCUCAUGCUCUACCAGCCCCGGGCCAUGAUCUUUACCCUCACUGUGAGUCUCCAGAUUUAAGCUACUACUCUGUAACACGUGCCUACUCGGGCCUGAGCCUCUCGUCCAGACGGAGCCCGGACUGCCGCUUCCCCAACGACUCAGACCUGCGGAUCGGCUCAAUGGGCUCAGCGGGAUCCGAAUGUGGGAGCGAGAGCAGCGUGAGUUGCGGCAGCAGCUGCGACUCCUACAGCGAGAGGCCGUGUCCUGGGUGUCCUCCUGACACCUUACUUGAAGACGGCAUGCAUUUCACGAACCCGCACAGUCGACUGUAUCCCCAUCACCCCGCGUCAAACCAUGAUCUCUGUGGACUCCAUCCCGCUGAGUACACCAACAUCCAGCACAGCCACACGUCUAAUCCCGCGGUCCACAGCUACCACCUGAGCGUCGCACGCGGGCCGACCUGCCCUCACGAUCAGCCUCCACCUGACGCCCCCCCAAAGCGCCCACUCUACCCCUUGCCCCCUCAUCUCCAGCACCAGCCGCUGGCGGCGCGCUCCAGCUGCCCGGGGGACUACCACUCUCUGCCCCAGUCCAACCCUCACCCCCCCGGCUCUCCGCUGGGCCGCUGCCUGGCCCCCACCCGAGCAGAGAGCGUGUCAGACUCACACCUGUACGAGCACCUCUCCACCUUGCACCAUCACCACCGCACAAAAGCUCUGCCCGGGUGGGACUCGUACUACAGACAGCCUCAUUUACCUCCAUCUAGGUACGAGCAAUCGGCCUAUCAGAGCCUGCCGGACACGCGGCAGUCUUCCUGGCAUUCCCCUCCCUGGGCGCAGGACGGCUACGCCCCACACCACUCCUCUCACCCAGCCCUGCACCCAUCCCCAACACAUUACCUAAACCACCCACCGCCCCGAUCUCACUCUCCUCACCCUCCCCACCCAUCGAGCACCCCUCUCCCUCCGUACAGCUCCCACCUGUCAGUGCCCUCUCACGCCCAACCCUCCUACAUGCACCCCGAAUCCUCUGCGCACAGCCGCUACGAGGACGCGAGGGAGAAGGUGUAUGUGAACCUGUGUAACAUCUUCCCCUCGGAGCUGGUGAGCCGGGUGAUGGCAAGGAGCCCCCACGUCACGGACCCCCAGCAGCUCGCAGCUGCCAUCCUCACGGAGAAAACCCAAACGCGAUACUGACGAACACAAAAAGAAAAAAAAAACAAUCAUCACAAACAAAGAAAACAACAACUUGCCUUUUCAGUCGGUGGAAGCGCGCUGGGUUGCAUGGUUGAAAUGUAAAUACAGGAAUGCUUUUGGAUGAUCUGCAAGGAAAAACUUUUCUAUUCUUAUGGAAUUAAUGAGACAAUGCGUAAGUUUGUAGGAAAUCAAAUGCUGAAGAUAACCCAAAUACAGCUCUAGUCACUGCGCACGGCCGGCAAAUCAACCUUGAAGAAAUUCAGAAGGAGCAAAUAUUUGAUGAAACCUGACUUAAAGAUUUUUUAUUUAUUAAGUAGAUAUUUACAACUAAUUCAUCACUUGCUCAAUUGGUAUCACAAAUAUCUAAUAUGACUGAAAUUAAGGAUUGUUUACAUUUUCACCGACAUUUUAACAGCCGGAUCUGAGUGGUUAGGAAAAUCCACACAGGUUCUAUGUUGUGUCAGGAUGUCACAAGAGCAGAAUUUGAAACUUAAAUCAAAUGAUGUCGAUACCUGAUUUAACAGUGCAGCAACAAAAAUAGAUUUUCCAGUGGGUAAUUUGUUUUUUUUUUGACUGAAAAUGACUGAACUACUCCUUCACACCGUUUUUAAUUGUACAAAUGUAUUGGCCAUAAUUCAGUUCCGAAACAUCGCCAAUGAACUCGUCCAAUCAAGACGCUGCUUUGUUUCUUUCUUCUCUGCGUUUUGUUCAGAUAUGACUGUUUAUAAAACACUGGUACUUUCCCAUUCGUGUCAUUAUUAGAAUGAAACAGUAUCGUUUUCAAUCACGUGGCAUCAAAAAGUAUAGACUUUGAAAACCUCUGUGCACUCUACUUAAUCUAAGACCCGAGUUAAACAGAGUUUGAACAUAUUUCGUGCAUUUGCAAAGCGCUCGAUGGUUGGGAUUUUCUAGCACAUUACUGUAAAGAAAUAUUCACAGACACAUUCAAACCUAAUUUCAUUUGUACUUCCAGUACUCCAUCAUCACAUGCAAUUUUCAAACUCUGACUUGACUGAGGUGUGUGUUCUAUAUUUAUCUCUUUGUGUGUGUUGAGUGUCUGAAAGAUGGCCGUCUUGUUGAAGAUGACGUCAGUAUUGUUCAGAGUUGUAGCUGUAGAGAUGGGUGACCCUGUCGUGUGUACCUUAGUUUUAGUAAGGGACAUCUCUCUCUCUCUCUUUCUCUCUCGCUCUCUCUCUCUCUCUCUCUCUCUGGCCCUUUAUUCUGGGUCAACCCUGGUAUCUGCUACAGACAGAGAACAUCAGAACACGAGUCAAUCAAACAUGUAGAAAUAUGUAAAUAUAUUUAACUUAUUACUUUGCUUUUGUUGAACAGCAUCUAGUGUUGUCUGUAGCAGAUCCCAGCUGAAUCCAUGCUAGACAGAGAAAACCUUGUUUGAUACAAAUUGUAUCAUUAACUAAGUCGCUGGUGUUAUAUACAGUACAUGGACUUGUUGAUCUGUAUUUACCAAACACUCGCUGUUUUGUUGCUAAAUGAGGAAGUGCGUCGACAACGGCUUCGUUCCAGUCGAGGCAUUCCGACUUUGAAUCUUGUGGAAAUUGCUUUGAGACAAUUAUUCCACGUUUGCUAUGAAACAAAGGGAGUUGUCUGCCUACUUUGUUUAGGUAUCACAACCUGUUUAUCUGCGCUUUUUUUUGGGGGUUUGAAGCUGGCUAAUGUUUUUACAGGGGCUCCAAUGAAAUCACAUGAGUAUGCUUAGGUGAACUGGUUCAUGGAGGUUGGGGUCCGUUCAUUUUAAGUUCUUUAUACUUCUCUGUUUAGGAAGUUAAUAUCCAAUUAAAUACAUUUAAACUGAAUGCUUAAUAUAAUAGAACAUUUGUUGUUUAAUCAUUAAGGAAUCAUGUAAUUAAGUGGACAGACCCCAACCAUGUUUACUAAAUAUUAAAAUUGAGAUAAAUCCUGUAUCCCAUGGUGGGCAUUUUGAAUGAAUACCUAAGCACUAUCUGGCGUUUUUGAACAUACUUUGCAAAUGUUGCCUUAAAAAUUUGACGUAUAUAGAGACAACAAAAUAUCCAAAA